UAACACAGGGGGGAGCCGGAAUCGAAGCCCGAGGAAUCGGCCACGUCGAUUAGCGGAGGAGGAAUCGACUCCGAGCGGAGGUGAGGCGGCGAAAGUUUGGGAGUCGCAGCGCAGAGCGGAGACGGCGGCGGCGGCAGCAGCAGCAGCGGUGCAGGAACCACCGUCACCGUCGUCAUCGUCGUCGUCGUCAUCAUCUCUCUCCUCUCUCCUCUCUCUCACCGGGAGACCAUGGACGAGAAUUACGAUGCGUCCGCUCGCCUCUGCCGCAUCGUCAAGGCCAAGGCCGGCUACGGCUUUCACCUGCACUCUGACAAGGUCAGGCUGAGCCAGUUCAUCCACAAGGUGGAGCCGGGCUCGGCCGCCGAACUGGCCGGGGUGCGCGCCGGCGACCGCAUCCUGGAGGUGAACGGAGUCAACGUGGAGGCCAAGAGCCACCAGGAGGUGGUGAGCAUCAUCAAGGAGAAGCCGGGCGAGACCACGCUGCUCGUCAUCGACCGGGAGGCGGACGAGGCUCUGGCCGAGCGACGGGCCACCACGGCGGCCGGGAGCCUCCUCGGCAUCGACGCAGUGCCGGCUCGCGGAGGCUCCGAGAAGGAAGGCGGCGACGAGGCGGGCCUCCUCGGUCAGAAGAAGCAGCGCGACGAUGAGGACAAGGACGACGACGACGACCACCACCACGGUCAGCAGCAGCAGCAUCAGCAGCAGCAUCAGCAGCAGGAUCGCGACAGCAGUGGCGACAGCGAUGGAGAGGAGGGCGCCGUGAGGCCGCGUCUGUGCGUCGUGCCGCGCGGCCCCAGGGGCUACGGCUUCCACCUCCACGCCGAGAAGGGCCGCGUGGGGCAGUUCGUGCGCUCCGUCGAUGCAGACUCCCCCGCACACACAGCCGGCAUCCUCGCUCACGACCGCAUCGUGCAGGUGAACGGGCAGAGCAUCGCGGGCAAGAAGCACUCGCAGGUGGUGGCCCUGGUGAAGGCCAGGAAGGACGACGUCACGCUGCUGCUGGUCGACCGCGUUGCCGACGACUUCUUCGCCAAGUGCGGAGUCGAGCCGACGCCCAGCCACGUGAAAGGUCGCUUGCCCAAAGCUCUGUCCAACGGAACAUCUGACACAGGGGUGGACGGCAAGAAGGAGCGAGAGGAGCGCGAGGAGAGGGAGAAGAGGGAGAGGGAGAGGGAGAGAAAGGAGAAGGAGGAGAGAAAGGAGAGGGAGGAGAGGGAGGAGAGAGAGGCGCAGGAGAGGAGGGGGCGGCAGGCCGAGUCCCCCGCAGUGCAGGACUCUGAGCUCUGCCCCCCAUUCCCGGGGCCGAGCGGUAGCCCGGGGGGAUCCCUGGGGGGAUCCCUGGGGGGUUCCCUGGGGGGUUCCCCAGAGGGGUCCCUGGAGCGGUCCUUUGGGGGGUCCCUGGGAGGGGCCCCGGCGCUCGCUCUGACGCUGGAGGCUGCGCGGGAACGCGCCCAGGCCAAGAGGAUGAACAAGCGUGCUCCGCCCAUGGACUGGAACAAGAAGAAGGAGCUCUUCAGCAAGUUCUAGGUGGGGGUGGCGGGGGGUGGGGGGGGGGGACCGCGGUGGGGAAUUAGCCAACAGCAAGUCGUGGGGGAAGUACUUCCUGUGGCUGGGGGAAGGGUUGCCACCUGUCCUGGUUUUCCCAGGGAUCGUUUUCUCAAUGUCAUCCCCACCCCCCCUCCUUCCCUCCCCCACUGGCACACGGCGAGCCGAGCCGGCAUGGGGAGCUCCAGGGCUGUUUCUUCCCUGCCAAAGGAGGGUGGCGGCAUAAUGUGGCUCGGGGCCCAGCGGGGCCAGGGGCCCUUCGGGGCCAGGGGCCCUUCGGGGCCAGGGGCCCUUCGGGGCCAGGGGCCCUUCGGCUGACGGGCACGCAUCUCCGGACGGGCGGAGAGGCGCACCGGUCGCGGCGACGCCACCAAGCGGCGACGGCCCUCCGGAGCCGAUAACGCGUCUCGAGUCGCGAGCCACGUCUCGGGUCCGGUGCUGGUCCCCGGCACGGCCCCAGGCCCCUGGCACGGCCCCCGGCAUGGCCCCCGGCCCCCGGCCCCCGGUCCCCGGCCCCCGGUCACGGCCCUCUGUGUGUCCCGGAAAAAUUAAGUCCCGGUAUUUGUGAGUUGCGUAGUAAAAUAACGGUGUGGUUGUUGUUGUCGUCGUUGUGUUUAGCUUGUCGUCCUUUCCACCACGCACAUCCGAUGAGCGCGGUUGGCGACGUGCGGUGGAAAAGAAGUUCAACGUACUUUAUUCAAGGCGAUCUAUUUAACGGUUGCAGUUCUCCACUCUUCUGGUCUUGAGAGGUUGCCUUCUCCUGCCCGUGAUGUCUCCCGUAGGUAGCCCACGCCUAUCCACAACCGGACCCCGUUUAUCCGCUCCGUUUAAAGCACGCGUGAGAAUUCACUGUCCCCACAGCAUUGCCGCAGUAAAACUCACGGAUGAAUUGUUUCGCCCUCGGGGUUGGUCUGCGAAUCGAGCGGAGUGAAGCUGUAGAAAUCUUGGUGGUAGUAACAAUCACGGCCUUUGAUAUAUCACCCCAGGAUUUCGCGCACGCCCAAGCGAGCGUGAGCAUCGGCGUGACUGGGCCACGGCAACCCGUCCCUCAACUUGGAGUUCGCGCCAACUAUUAAUGUUAGCGAUCAAUCGCGAUAUUGAAAACCAAACGGAUGUCGGGCCUCGGAAUCUAUCGCAACACCCCUGUCAAUUCCACGCAGCUCUUAGCUUCUCCACGCUUCCGUGCAACGACCCCGGGAACACAUUUGAACGCCGGCACGAAGGUCGCCCCGGUCAAUACUGCGGUCGUGCCGUAUUAAGCUGAAAGAGAUAACACUGCUACUUGCCAUCCUAAACUAAACUACUAAACUGUUUGUUUGUACCAAGUGUAAGGCCCCCACUGAGCCGUGUAGCUCUUUUCCAGAAGCGACCACCUGGCUAUCACAAAUGAUAUGAUCAUCGUAAUCAUCACUGUGAAAAAUUCAUAGCAGGAGCCAAAUAACUCUAAACGCCGGACAUUGAUUCUAAAUGUGAAGGGGAAAACCGGAGGACCCGGAGAAAAAUCCAUGCGACUACGGGGAGAGAGAGAGAGACGCGCAAACUCCAAAUAUACAGCAGCAGCA